AUGGUCGACUUGGCCAGUUGGGUUUUGCGGGUGGUCUACUUUUAUGGUCACUUGAUUGGUGUUAGCAACUUUGAGUUCGAUUGGCGGACAGGUCGGGUCUUUGCUGCCAAGUGGACUACUUUCUACGCCAUCGCGAUCAACUCCACCAUGUUCAUUCUAUAUAGUUAUCACUGGAUCGGAAUUACAAAUAUGAUGAAUUUGUUCUUUGGAAAAGCAAACAAGCUGCACGAAUAUGUUGUCAUUAUAAUGACCGGAAUAAAAAUUGUUGCAGGGCUGGUCACGGUGCUCAACAGAUGGCGCCAGCGUUGUCAGAUGAUGGACUUGGCAAGAAACGUGAUUCAGUUGUUUUUAAACUGUCCGCAGCUGAAGAAGAUAUCCCGUUUGGGGGUUCUCGUCAAGUUCUUCACCGGAGUUGUGACCGACUUUCUGCAGGUGAUAAUCACCUUGGAUGCCUUGGGUCGCGUGGAUCCCCAGUAUUAUCUGGGCAUAAGCCUGCAGUACUGGAUGUCGGCCAUUCUGAAUUUGGCCACUUCGCAGCAUUAUCUAAUAGUGCUCUUCAUCCGGUCGCACUAUCAAAUACUAAACGUUGAGCUGCGACAGGUGAUCGAGGAGAGUAAGGAGCUGAGUAGAAACCCUCCGGGACAAGGAGUUUUCAUGACCAGGUGUUGUUUCCUGGCGGAUCAGCUGGAGGAUAUAGCCAAGAUCCAGAGCCAACUGCAGUCGAUUAUGAACCAGUUGGAGGAGGUAUUCGGCCUUCAGGGGAUGAUGGUCCAAUCAGGUUAUUACAUGUCCAUGGUGGCCACUGCCUACCUCACCUAUAGUGUCCUCAGAAAUGGAUACGAGGCCAUGCAGAUGACCUUCAGAGGUGUGAUCCUGACCAGUGCUUGGUGCUUCUUUUACUACUUUGAUGUCAUGCUCAAUUUGGUAGUCAUGUUAUUCGUCCUGGACGAGCAUAAGAAGUUGUUGCUUCUUUUGGAGGAGAGAACAUUGUUUGCCCCUGGCUUGGAUGUUCGUCUGGAGCAGUCCUUCGAGAGCUUUCAACUUCAAGUGACGCAUAACCCUUUAAAAAUUGAUGUAGUGAAAAUGUACGAAAUCAAUCGCAGCUCUAGUAUGUCUAUGUUCGCUAGUUUUAUUAUGCAUUCAAUUUACCUUAUUCAAUAUGACUUGGAAAACUUUUAA